AUGGCUGCACACUGUAACACUUGGGUGCAUGCAGUGGUACUCUUGUCAGCACAAGCCCAAAGGCAGGGUAGGCUUAGCACUAUAACCGCAGCUGCCAUUCAGCAAGGUGGUUGGAUGUUUCUGCGUGAUUUCCUGCGGUAUAUUGUAAGAGAGUUUGAAAGUCUUGGGGGAGAGUGGGUGGUUUUUAUACAACUUGGAUAUUCAUCGCUCACUUCUUGCUGUCUACACUGUACACCUUCAGUGUAACUCUAGUAAUACAGAGCUGUGCCAGAAAGAAAUCAGCCUCAAACAAACAAAAUAAAUGUGGUUGGUUUCUGUUGAGGCUUACUGAUGGCAUACAGAAGCAUAUGCACAGUGCAUGCUCUCCACCUUAAAGAAGGGUUGUGACUUGUGCAACCCUUGUUUAAACAGAUUUAAGUGGAACUAGUGUAAAAAGAGUCUUUCUGUUGGGGAAGUUGGUAUCUUGGGAAGAUCAUGAUCUUAAAGUGGGAUUUGUAACACCCACAAGUCUCUGUUAUCCCGUCCCUCCUGACUGUCAGGUAUUGUGCAGGAUCUGUGUAUCCUGCCUUGUGCCAGUAGAGGCCACAGUCACUACAGUUGCUGAGUAGUCAGUAGCCACAGCAUUUUCGCUUCCUCAAGACAAGCCUUUCUGGGAGAGAUUAAUUUUUGGCAGGCUGCUGUACAAGGAAUAGGUUGGGUCACUGAGACAGUUCUAGAGAAAGCCAGAGGGACAAAACCGGGAUGCAGGGGAGCUAGGGAAAUUGGAGAGACUGUAAGUUAACAAAAAGACAGGAACAUUUUUGGGAAGGGCGAGAGAGAGAGAAAGAAAGAAGAAGUGAAACAGUGAAGUCAAAGAGGAAGAACAGUGCCAGGAGGGUUGGUCCUUGAAACUGCUGCAUGAUGGGAGAAGCCUCUAUCUGGAAAGAGCCAACCUGGGCUUGCUCUCGUCCGCAAAUAUUUUUCACACAGUGCUGAUCACGGCAUGCUUCCUCUUUCAAACUGCAACUGGAGUCUAUUCAGUUAAGACACAGGGGAACUGAUGCAGGGAGAGAGACGCUGAGGCAUGGGAUGGCACGGAGACAGAACCGUUUUGGACCUGAAGAUCGGAUAGUGCUUGUGGUGUCCCUCUGUGCUGCUCCCAGCCUUUGGAUAAAAGGGCAACUUGUGCCAGUGAUGUAAGUCAGGCGUUUUCUGAACUGUUACUAGUGUGUGCCUUUUGGAAGGAAUUUGUAUGCCUCAUUCUAUCGAAGGGUAUGUUGCCAUUUUGAGUUUAUAAGGGUAGAUAGGUUGAAAUUGAUGAAUGAUUGUUUUAAUUGCAAAAUUUUUAGCAAAUUUCGGCUCUCCUAACUGUCUUUCUUCAUAAUGCUGACUUCACAAGCUUCAGAGAGUCUGGCAGCUGUACUGAUUGCUGAUCAUAUAUUUCCUGCUGCAAAGAAGAUACUGGUGACCAGCAGACCAUACUGGGAACCUUACCGUUGAAGGCAGAGUUCUAUACUUCAAAGAAGGUGAAAAUGCCAAAAGUUAAUUAUUGCUUAAAUUCUCUUGUAAAUGGGGAAAUACAUUACAUAAAUAAUUUGAAAGGAAUGUUUUGCCUUUCAGUUCCCUGUAUUCACUGAAUACUGCUACUUAAUUCGGUGCUGAUAGUUGACUUAAGUUAGGAAAAAAUCUUCCAUCAAAGUGCAUGUUAAAAAUAGGCUCGAGUGAGUUGGAAAGGGACUUCAGAGAAAGGAGGUAAGUCGUGGAGAAUCUGGUGACACAGCAGGGCAGUGGGACUGAGGUAUUUUUAAAUGGGAAGGUAUAAUUGAUUCACCCUUCCUUCACUGUCUUUUAAUUAGGAUUUAUGUGUGGGAGCAAAUAUACUGAGCUGUGCUGUAUACUAGAAAGUCCUGGCUAUGCUGCUUGAUCCAAGUCCUGAUGUGAAAUGAGUACAGACUUCCACAAACUCCUUUUUGACAUUUCUGAGGCUUUGGUCACAGAUGAACUGGCAGCUCUGAAGUUCCUCAGCCUGGAGCACGUCCCCAUGAGGAAACUGGAAACCAUCCAGGAGCCCAAGGCCUUCUUCAAAGUGCUGCAGGAGAAAGAUAUGAUAGAGGUCGGGAAUCUGUCCUUCCUGAAGGAGUUGCUCUACCGGAUCAAUCGGAUGGACCUCCUGUCUGCCCAGCUGGGCUCCAGCCGAGAGGAGAUGGAGAGAGAGCUUCAGAUCCCAGGCCGGGCACAGGUGUCAGCUUACAGAUACCUGCUCUUUCAGCUGUCAGAAGACAUCACCAAAGAUGAGCUGAAGUCUUUCCAGUUUCUUUUGGGGAAAGAAUUACCAAAAUGCAGGCUAAACCCUAAGACUACAAUGCUCGACGUUUUCAUUGAGAUGGAGAAGAAGGGGAUUUUGGGAGAAGACAACCUAAGUAUCCUGAAGAGUCUCUGUGCAGAAAUUAACAUCAGCCUGUUGAAGAGAAUUGAAGAGUAUGAAUUAAACCCAUUUGGUGAAGAAGAGAUGCUCAUCACAGAAGAACAGAGGGGCAGCACAGGAGGCCCUGAAGCCCAUGCCAGAUGGCUGGCGUCAUCUGUGGCACCUGAUUCUCCUGGCAGUUGGAAUAAAUCUUCCCAGCUUGAAGCUUACAAAAUGACUAGCCGACCCCGUGGAGUGUGCCUGAUCCUGAAUAAUCACAAUUUUGCAAAAGCCAGGGAAGCAGUGCCGGAACCCAAAAACAUGAAGGAUCGGCAUGGGACAGACGUGGAUGCAGCGGCUUUGAGAAGAGUCUUUAGCAAGCUUCAUUUUACAAUAGCAGAAUACAGAGACCUCACUGCAGAGGAAAUCCGUAAGACUGUGAACAUCUACCAGUGCGAAGACCACAAGGACAAAGACUGUUUUGUUUGCUGUAUCCUGUCUCAUGGGAAAAAAGGCAUUGUAUACGGUGUUGAUGGGCAGGAAGUACCUAUCCAGGAACUGACCACUUCUUUCACUGGACAGAAUUGCCGCUCGCUUGCUGGAAAACCAAAAGUGUUUUUUGUUCAGGCCUGCCAAGGUGAUGCUUGCCAGCAAGGUGUGACCAUCGAAACAGAUUGUGGAGAGCAAGAUUCUUCUGUAGAAACAGAUGCAAGAUUUCAGCUCGACUGCAUCCCCGCAGAAGCAGACUUCCUCUUGGGCAUGGCUACCCUGCAAGAUUACGUUUCCUACAGGAGCCCAAGGCAGGGGACCUGGUACAUACAGGCAUUGUGCCAGCACUUGGAGUACAGCUGUCCUCGAGGAGAAGACAUUCUCACCAUCUUGACAGCAGUGAAUCAAGAGGUGAGCAGAAAGAGUUGCAAGCCAAAUGCAGAGAAGCAGAUGCCACAGCCCAGUUUCACACUGAGGAAAAAGCUCAUCUUUCCUGUCAACUAAGUGGGAGGGAACUGCACGGCAGAGGGAGCUGCAGCAGCCUGGAAUCGGCUGGUAUCAGCUAAGAAUUUGGUAAAACAUAACAGACUUUCAGUGUCUGCUCUUACCACAAGAGCAAAUAUUUUUAUUGAAAAUACAGCCGAGGAGCAAAAGCCUUAAGAAAUUAGUGUUAAUAUGUAUGACACUUUAUACUUGCAAGCAUCUCUGAGCGGGUCUCCUUGUGGUUUGCUAGCUAAAAUACGCUCCGUGUCCUCUAUCGGCUGUACCGCAUUGCUGUUGCUUUAGUAAGGUAUCUUUCCAAUGCAAAUUUUAAGACAACUGUUAUGAAGCCUUGUUUAUUUUACGCCUAACUUUUGCAAAAUAA